CGCGGGCAGCGCCGCUGAGGAGCCGCCGCUGCCGCCGCCCCGGGGGAGCCGCGCCGAGCCGAGCCGAGCCGCGCCGAGCCGCGCCGCGCCGCGGGGUUAUGAGGCCGGGCCCCGCCGCCACCUCCCCGUGAGGAGCAGCGGGCCCGUGGCGGCGCGGGGAGCGCGCCAGGCGCCGGGGCCGCCCCGCGGCAGGAAGCCAUUUUGUGGGCCCCCUCCUCCUCCUCCUCCUCCUCCUCCUCCUCCUCCCUCUUCUUCUUCUUCUUCUUCAGCCGCCGCCCUCGCGAGCGGCGCGGCCGGUGCUGCCGGGCGGGCGGAGCCGCGGCGGGAGCGCCCGGUGAAGGAGGGCGGGGGGGGCGGCGAGCGGGGGGCCAGAGCGGGCGGCGGCGGCCGCCGCGCCUCCCCAUGGCGAAGAAAACCUACGACCUGCUCUUCAAGCUGCUCCUCAUCGGGGACUCGGGGGUCGGCAAGACCUGCGUGCUCUUCCGCUUCUCCGACGAUGCCUUCAACACCACCUUCAUCUCCACCAUCGGGAUAGACUUCAAGAUUAAAACUGUUGAAUUACAAGGAAAGAAGAUCAAGCUACAGAUAUGGGACACAGCAGGGCAGGAGCGAUUUCACACCAUCACCACCUCCUAUUACAGAGGUGCCAUGGGCAUCAUGCUAGUAUAUGACAUCACCAAUGCCAAGAGCUUUGAAAACAUCAGCAAGUGGCUCAGAAACAUAGACGAGCACGCCAAUGAGGAUGUGGAGAGGAUGCUGUUAGGCAACAAGUGUGACAUGGAAGAUAAGAGAGUUGUCCCUAAAGCAAAAGGCGAACAGAUUGCUAGGGAGCAUGGUAUUAGGUUUUUCGAAACUAGUGCAAAAGCAAAUAUAAACAUUGAGAAGGCAUUCCUCACAUUAGCAGAAGACAUUCUUCGAAAGACCCCUGUAAAAGAGCCCAACAGUGAAAAUGUAGAUAUCAGCAGUGGAGGUGGGGUGACAGGCUGGAAGAGCAAGUGUUGCUGAACGUUCUCCUAUAUCACCAAUCGCCAUCCACCGCCCCUUUUUUCUCGCUGCAAAACAAACCACUCUGCCCGUUUUUAACCUUAAACCAAUGUUUUGUUCCUCAUCUUAACAAGCUCCUGUCUCCCUUUGGUUUUCUGUUUAGGACAGCUUGCGUACUAUAAUUUUUUUCAGCCACAUGUAUAGGAAAAUCAUCUCCGUGACUUCAUUUUUUUAAUGUACCUGCUCAACUUACCACUACGUUUUGGUUGUAUUAUAGUCCCGUUCCUCCUGACAUUAAAACAUAUAGCAAUCGUACUCAACUCUCUUCUGCAAAUUGUAUAAGAAUAAAAGUUAGAAUUAACAAUUUAUUUUGUACAACAGUGGAAUUUUCUGUCAUGGAUAAUGUGCUUGAGUCACCAUAUUCUCUAGAUGCAUCAGCAGGAGAGCCAGGAAAACACUCAUUUUCGCCUUGAGUCUGUGAAUGGGGUUUAUUUUGUCCUGUGCCUUACGUGGAAAGGAACUUUUGUUUUCACUUUUAUUUUCUUCUGGUGGAAGCAUGUGCAGGAGACAUACCAUCCAUACUUGACCAUUUUAAAAUACUGAACUCUUUUGUGAUUGCUUUCUGUAAUUGUUGGUGUAAUGCAUCGAGGACAAAGGGUGGUGAAAAAAAAAAAAAAAGCAAACAACAUUUAAUCUGCUGUGUCUCCUUUUUGGUGAUCUAGCCAUUCAGAACUGUUCCUGCUGCCAUUUUUUUUUUUUUUUUCUUCUCACUUGCAGCUCUUUCCUUUUGCCUGCAUGCUGCUUUUCUUUGCAUUUCUUCAUGGUGUGAUGUGUUAAUUAAAAGGAUGGCAACGUGGUAUGUUUGCCAAAAAUUUAAUACAAAGCACUGAUUUAGCUUUCAAGGUAAAAAUGUUGAAGAUACCUACUAAUUUCCCUCUAGCCAAUGUCAGUUCACUAGUAUAUCUUCUCUCUCCUCCUGCAUAGCCGUUGGGUUUUAUGAUAUGGAAGAGUUAUUUGCAUGCACUAGUUUUCUAUGGAGGGUGAUGUGGUUGUCUACUUCUAUGUGUAUGAAUAUAACAUGCAGUUCCCAAACUGACAGCAGUUAACAUGAACUUUUAAGUUCUCUCUUACUGUUAGCCGCUCCAACAAGUGGUUCGGUGGCCUAGCAAAAGGCUGAGUGAAACUCAAUUUAAGGGGAAAAAAAAAAAAAAAAAAAAAAAAAAAAGAGGAAAAAAAAAAAAAAAAAAGGAGAAAAAAAAGUUGGCAGUUUAAUUUAUUACCUCCCUGCAAACUUUCCAUUUUCCCAGUGUUACAAGCUGAGUCACUGGUACUUGGGGGCGGCGGGGGAGCCCCCGGGGAUUGACUGGCUUUCCCAGCCCGCGGCGGGCGCUGCCGUGGGGUCCCCCGGGGCCGUGGCAGCCUCCCCCCCCCCCCGGGCAGGAACGGGCUGACACCGUGGGGUCCCCGGGGCCCUGGCAGCCUCCCCCCGCGGGCAGGAACGGGCCAACGCUGCCCGGCUGGACCCGCGCUUGCCUGGCAUUUAAAAUACCACGCAGGAGAGCUGCUCCGGCCAAGGACAAAAAGAGAUUUUAAAUAGAUGCUUCUUCUUUCUCCCCCACCCCCCCCCCCCAGGCCUCACGUUCUCCUUUAAAGCUGGACAAGCUUGUGCCUCGCUCUUGUGGGUUUUGGACUGUCUCGGGUCAAUAAUUCAAGUAGUAACUAAGGCUGGUUCGGUUGUAACGAAAUGACGGUGUUUUAACACGGAACUCCCAGUUCUGAACGGCUUCCCCCGUAGCAACGAGACCGAGGUGUCUCCCUUUUUCCUCCGUGCUUUGGCAUUUUGUCUCUGUGUGUGUGUGUGUGUGUGUGUGUGUGUGUGUGUGUGUGUGAACCCUUCCCAGCCGAGGGGCUGUCGGGGUGGGGCAGGGCGCUGCGACGGGCGGAUCACCCGGCACCGUUGCGCUUGGCGCCCGCCGGCAGCGAUGUGAGUGGGGGACGGCUGCCUUUGGGUGAAAUCUGCACUUUCUCACAUGAUCAAAAAGGGAAAAAUGGAGAACGAGACAUCAAGGGGUUUUUUUUUUUUUGUAUAAUCCUUGUUUUAAACGUGAGCUUUUUAUUUGCUUCUGGGGGCUUCACUCCCUCUGUGUAAAUCCCUCGGGAUCCUUUGUAGACGCUGUGUUUGUUGCAAGCCAACAGGUAGAGAACAGGCCACUCGCUGGUACCACUAGCUACCACCUCCGUUCCCUAUUCUCCUUGCCGAGUUAAUAAACUGAAAUAUUUCUAGAUGGUCUUACUUCUGUUCAUAUAAAAACCAUGAAUUUUAACCGCGUGGCUUGGCGUUGUGUUGUGUUGUGGAGUGCAAGGCCCAGCCGAGGAGGAGUGAGCAACAAGAGUCGCUGCAGAUGCUAAAAGACAAAAAACAAAAACAAAACAACCAAACAAAAAGUAAUAAUAAUAAUGUUGGAGGAAUUUGCAGUAACUUUAUUUCUGCCGGUAUCUAAAUUUCCUGCUAGCUAGCAAACUAACUGCUUGUGAAACCUCUACUUGGAAGACACCCCCUCCCCAGCCCCGUGCGUGGAAUAAAGCCUCAGGCCAGCCCAGGAAAGGAGGCGAGAGCGACUGUCCCCGCGCCAGCCCCCGGCCCGCCGAGGAAGGCUCAGCCCUACCUGGUUUUGUCACAGCAAAAAAAAAAAAAAAGUAACGAUUAAAUUGGUCUUGAUAAAACUAAAACCCGAGGUUGAAUCGAUCCUACCCGUGCGUUUAACCGCUUGGGCGCUGCCCCGGGGAGCGGCUGGCGUGGGGCAGGGGAAAGGCGGCGCUUCCUCCUCUCGGACUUGGACGGUGGAAAAACAGCAUCAACUUAAGGUCUAGGAUUAAUUCCCAUGCCUACAAUUUUUUACUUAAUCUUUUAAUAUUUUUGCUACUCCACUCUGGCUUUUUAUUUAAGACACAUUCUUUUGUACCACUUACUGUAUCAAAUUGUAUAAAAGAUCACUGUCCCAUUCUUGGUCAUACCAAGAGCAAAUAAAAGCUUUUAUAAACUUGCA